AUGCGUGCCUUCAACCAAACCCAACCAAACCUGCUCGUGGCUGCUCUUUUCUUACCCGCCUUGGCGCUCGCGGUGCGCCCCCAGUUCCCGACAGAAGGAACGCGCGACUCGCAGGAUAGCGUCGUCAUCGCGAGGUAUCAAGCGGGGCUGUCGAAGCUGUGCCUCGGAGCCAGUCGCGACAAGGCGCGGGCGGUUGUCGCCAACGCCGAUUACGCCGUCAGCGACGCCAACGUGGCAUUCGGCUAUUCGCAGGCGACCAACGCCACAUUCAUGUACAUCGGCGGAGCCAGAAUGAAGGGUCCUCGCCGCUGCGUUCCCCCGGGACUUCUGGACGUGUACACUUACUAUCCUUCUAAAAAACAAUUCGUUAAGGGUAAUCUGGGAAGCCUCCCUGAGCGCGUAGUGGACUCGUCGUACGUGGUCUCCCUGACAGUGCCAUCCGCGUUACAAGGCGCCCCGCAAGUGACGCUGGACGUCUCGAACAUGUACCCCACGGUUCUAGAGGUUGAGGCCGCGCAACCGGUGUCCGCUCCUCCCAUGACGCAGGCCAAUUUCACGGUAUCAGGAGCAGAUCUCUCCCCUCCAGCCGACCCAUAUGGUAUGGUUUCUGCUUACCUAGAGCAAUACGGUGCCAAGGCUGACGCCAACGACCUCUCGGGCGCUAUACUGGUAACCUACGACCCUUAUAUCGAGUCGUACGUUACAGUGUACAUGAUCUACCGACCCGUCUACAGUCCCGCUGCUGUGGUACAGCAAUAUUGCAACGCAAACGCGCCGUGUUACUUUGCGUACGAAAUGGUUGGCAAGUACGCAGCUCCCCAAGAUGCGGUCGCCAGGCGUCGGCGAAGACUACUCGCCACGAAAACUGAUUCGCUGUCAACGAUGGGGACGUGUGUGCGAUACGUGUGGAGCCCUUCGUGCAGGUGUUACGUAACCACGCCUUGCUGA